UAUUCACAAUUUCACAUCAAUCAUUUCCGAAACGGGCAAAAAAAAAAAAAGAGAAACACAGAAAAAAAAAACUGGUGGCAACAAGAACUUCAACCAUCCAUGUCUUCCGGCUUGAGCUAAAAGUUGCUUAUGGAGGAGAGAGAAACAGAGCUCCUACAAAAAAUAAAUCAGUAAAAAGGGGAAAACAAAUUCACGAGUGGCGAUUCUCAACCAACUCUGCAAAACCCUAAUUCACAACUGUGACCAAAUUUAACAAAAAGGGAGGACAAAUAAUUGCCGAAUCACAGGAUUUUUCGCUUUAAUCCUCCAUCACACUUUCAUAUUUCACGGGAUUCCAUAUCUUUACACGUAAUUUCACUUUUCUUUGAGUUAUUGUGAGUUUUAUUAUGAUCAGGUUGAUAACGAUGAUGAUGGUACACUUCAGCUUGUUCCAUGCUUAGUUCAAAAUUUGGGGAUAUUUUUAUUUUGAAAGGAGAAGGGAAGUGAAAUGGAUCGGACUGCGGCGGGUGGCGGCGGUGGAGGAGGAGGGAGUUUGAGCGCCGAUUUGCCGAUAAUGCAUAACAGUGAUCGAUAUGAACUUGUAAAAGAUAUUGGGUCUGGUAAUUUUGGGGUUGCUAGGUUGAUGAGAGAUAAAACUACUAAUCAACUUGUUGCUGUUAAAUAUAUUGAGCGAGGUGAGAAGAUAGAUGAGAAUGUGCAGAGAGAAAUUAUUAAUCAUAGGUCAUUAAGACAUCCUAACAUUGUCAGAUUCAAGGAGGUUAUAUUGACUCCUACACAUUUGGCUAUUGUUAUGGAAUAUGCUUCGGGUGGAGAGCUGUUUGAACGUAUUUGUAAUGCUGGGCGGUUCAGCGAGGAUGAGGCACGUUUCUUCUUUCAACAAUUGAUAUCCGGGGUCAGCUACUGUCACGCAAUGCAAGUUUGCCAUCGAGACUUAAAGUUGGAGAACACGUUACUGGAUGGAAGUUCAGUUCCUCGCUUGAAGAUUUGUGAUUUUGGGUACUCUAAGUCCUCAGUUCUGCAUUCUCAACCCAAAUCAACUGUUGGGACUCCUGCUUAUAUUGCACCUGAGGUCUUACUCAAGAAAGAAUAUGAUGGCAAGAUUGCAGACAUGUGGUCUUGUGGGGUAACUUUGUAUGUAAUGUUGGUUGGAGCUUACCCAUUUGAAGACCCUGAGGAACCUAAAAACUUCCGCAAAACAAUACACCGAAUUUUAAAUGUCCAAUACUCUAUUCCUGACUAUGUACAUAUAUCUCCAGAAUGUCGCCAUCUUCUUUCAAGAAUAUUUGUUGCUGACCCAGCAAAGAGAAUUACCAUUCCCGAGAUAAGGCAGCACGAUUGGUUUCUGAAGAACCUACCAGCAGAACUCGUGGAUGAAAACGCGACAGAUAAUCAGUUCGAAGAGCCCGAUCAGCCAAUGCAAAGUAUUGAUGAGAUAAUGCAGAUAAUUUCAGAGGCAACUAUACCUGCAGCUGGAUCUCAAAAUCUUAACAAGUAUCUAACUGGCAACUUGGACACUGAUGAUGAUAUGGAAGAAGAUUUAGAAUCUGAUCCUGAACUUGAUCUCGAUAGUAGCGGCGAGAUUGUAUAUGCUGUUUGAUGAUGCAUAUUCCUAGCUAGAAGAUGAUUGAAGUGCUGGGAUUUUCAAAAAGGGAGAACUGAAAGAAAAGCUUCAGUUUUUUCUUGUGUUCAUGUCAUGUGUGUUUAACUGUUUAUGUAGUUAGUAUAACCGUGCCAUUUGGUAUCACUGAUUCACUGGUAUGCAAACUUUGUACCUUUCUUUUAACAAUGGGAAUCGGGUUGUAACAUUAUGUAA